UCUCUGUCAGUGCACUUCAGAGUCGAGUGAUUCUCUCCCAGCGAUACUGUGACAUAUCAGGUGGUGAAGUGACAUGGUUGACAGUAUCAAGGACAUGGCCAAGGAGAUGGAAUCUGUUCAGACAGUGAUGCCAUUGCUAGCUGACAGGAUGUCAGUGAAUGCAGAUGAAUGUGUCAGUGCACUAGGUGAGUUUGGGUGGUGGCAGCUCAGAGCCAUUCUGCUGGUGGCGCUGGUCAAAGUUCCCUCAGCAUGGCAGAUGGCCAGCAUUCUGUUUACUGCUCCCAGCCCUGGGGAGUUCUGGUGUGCCCGCCCCAAUAAGCUCCUGAGCUGGAAUACUGAGCAGUGGAGAGAGUACAUCCACCCCAACACAUCUGCUGGUAAAAGAGAUGCAUGCAACAUCUAUGAUGUAGAAAGUAAGAUGAUCAGUGGGCUUCACAGAAUUCCUGAUAACGUGAGCAUCAAACCAUGUGAGCAAUUUGAGUUCAGAGACAGCUCAGUGACAGUGGUCACUCAGUGGAACCUGGUGUGUCAGCGGGAAGUGUUGGUCAGUGUGUCUCAAUUCUUCUACCUGCUCGGCAUCCUAGUGGGUGGAGUCCUGUGCACCCAGCUUCUCAAAAGGUUCAGUCCUAAGAGGAUACUUCUUAUAGGAAUGCUAACUCAGAUUAUCGCAGGCAUUGCUGUGGCCCUAGCUCCACAGUUUGAACUCCAAGUUUCUUUGCGGUUCCUGACAGCUGUCGCUUGUGCCAACAUGUUCACAAGUGGCUAUGUGAUAUGUACAGACAUAACUGCAGGUCAUUGGCAUCUCAUAACUGGAGCAUGCUAUGAGCACAUGUGGUCAGUUGGAGUGGUAACACUGGCAGGACUAGGCUAUUUUCUGAGUAACUGGAUACAUCUACAGCUGGCCAUUUCCAUACCAACUGUUAUCAUUCUGGUUGCCUACAAAUGGAUUCCUGACUCACCAAGAUGGUUGAUAGCAAAGGGACAUCAAGCAGAAGCAAAAGUCAUACUGGAAGAAGGUGCAGCAUUCAACAGAAGAAGUAUUCCUGUGGCUGACAUCCAAGCUCUGCCAAAAGAAGGCAAGAAGAAGCAAACCAGUUGGUUCAAGCUAUUCCACAAUCCUACUGAAAGGUGGAACUGUCUAGCACUCCACAUCAUAUGGGCUUCAACAGUUGUCACAUAUAAAGUAAUUGUCUGUAUAAUAUCAACCACUGCAUGUGAUUGUAACAUUUGGUAUCCUAGCAAUCAUACUUUGUGCCCCAGGCUUUGCAGAGGUGGUGGGAGUGCUACUGGGUCUCACACUCAUCUUGUGGUGCAGUCAGAAGUGGGUUGCCCUUGGAGGCAUCCUAAUCGUGGGAGGCAGCAUGUGCACAGAAACUGGAGCCAUGAGUGGGCAAUGCUUGGGUUGGCAAUGGUGGAUCGCAUUGCAAUAGCCAGCUCACUCACAUUGCUCCAGGUGACAUCUAGUGAGCUCUUGCCACUAGAACACCAGCAGCCUGGAAUAUUCUCAUGUGUCAUAUUUGCACGAAUCUGCCUACUUUCUGCACCAUUUAUUGGUUCACUGGCAAUGUAUGGUGACUUUGUGUCACUAAGUGCUUUUGGAGGCCUCACUUUAAUAGGAGGUCUGGCAGCACUGUUCCUUAGCUGGACAAGAUCCACGGCACCUCAUUCUGAGUGGCAGUGUGAGAAUAACAGAAACAUAGAGAACAUCUGCAGCACUGAAACCUAUGAAAAAUGUAACAGAUGGAACACUGCCCCAAGUGGCGUAACUGAUGAGCCACCACUACCACUACAGAAUUUUCCUGAUGCAAAUAAAAACCGUUACAAAUUCAACCCAGUAAAAACAACUGCUCUUGAAGUAAAGUGUGCUAUGGAUGUCUGGUAAGCAAACUGACCAAAUGGCAUGAAAAUUAUUACAUAACAACUUACACACUGCCAGAUUCUUUAUCUUAUGAGUCUUCAAUUUUAGAGAAGAAAAUUUAAGAUCACUAACAU